GACAUUAAAAUAUGAUAAGAAGAUAUGAUUAUAAUAGAAAUUCAAUGUGUCAUCAUUUAGUCUAAUGACGUUCUGAUAAACCGUGGGAAUUUACAUUUACUCCCGAUAAUUGUUGGCUUAAACACUACGUUCAUUUGCUUUACAAAGUGCAUGUUUGAAAGUGACGAUGCCUGACAUUUUGCAAAUAUCUACAUUCUUAUUGGUGACGUUACUGCCAGUUUUAGCUGUUACUAUUGGAGAAAGAUUUAUUCUUGAUACAGAUGUAGCAGCAAUGGUCCCAAACAGUUCAAACUGCAGCAAUUCAUCCGCCAUACCGACAACAUCAUACCUGGAGAGGGCAAAAUGUGUACUAGAGUCAUUUCCCCUUAUAGAUGGCCACAAUGAUUUAGCUGAAAGAUAUCGCGAGUUUCUCAACAACACGGUGUAUGCAGUCGAUUUACGUUCAGAUCUAAGCCAACUCUUAAAUACAACAGAACUUCAAGCCGACAUACCGAAACUGUUAGCGGGAAAACUCGGUGGACAGUUUUGGUCAUGUUGGGUUUCCUGCGGAAGUCAGUAUAAAGACGUUGUGCGAAUGACCUUGGAUCAACUAGACGUCAUCAAAAAAUUCAUUCGGCGUUACCCUGAUGUUUUCAAAUUUGUUUCAACUGCUCAGGGCGUUCUUGAUGCGUUCUCAGAGGGUAAAAUUGCCAGUUUGAUAGGCCUUGAAGGAGGACAUUCCCUGGACAGCAGUCUUGGUGUACUUCGGAUGUACUAUGAACUUGGUAUCCGUUACAUGACGGUUACUCACAGCUGCAAUACGCCAUGGGCAGAUAAUUGGCAUGUUGAUGAAAUCGGUUACAAUGGUACAAAGAUUGACGGAUUAACGGAGUUUGGAAAGCAAGUGAUACGGGAAAUGAACCGACUUGGUAUAAUGGUAGAUCUAGCGCAUGUUUCCAAGAAGACAAUGUCCGACAUCCUCGAUCUAUCCGUGGCUCCAGUUAUCUUCAGUCAUUCAUCAGCCUUCAGACUUUGUAACCACUUUAGAAAUGUCCAAGAUGAUAUCUUAUUUAGAACAAAAGCCAAUGGUGGGGUAGUGAUGGUAAAUUUCUAUGACAAAUUUGUUGUCUGUCCUCCAAAUAACAAACCGGAUACAGUAAUGUUGGACGUGGCAGAUCACAUCGACUAUAUCAAGGAUUUGAUAGGCGUAGAUCAUGUCGGAAUUGGGGCAGAUUUUAAUGGGAUCCCAAGUACACCCAAAGGUUUAGAGGAUGUUUCAAAGUAUCCUGAUCUAUUUGCGGAACUUAUCAAGAGAGGUUGGAGUGAUGGAGAUCUUCAGAAACUAGCUGGUAGAAAUAUUCUCCGAGUUUUCAGAGCAGUUGAACAGAUUCGUGAUGGUUUGGUGAACGUACCUCCUAUUGAAGACCACAUACCCCCAGAACAAUAUGUGAAUGAUUCGUGUAGAACAGAUAUUUGAUUUUCAGAUACUGUCAUUGACUGAUUUUUAGCUGGCAACUCAACUUUAAUCUACCGGCUAGGAGAAAAUGUAUAAAUAAAAUGAGAUAUCACUGUGU